UAUUUAAAAGUUAGAUAGCAGAAAGUUGUCAAACAUAAGAAUCACUUCUCUCCUGUAGUCAUCAGAGGCUUCUUAAAAAAGUUGAUGGUCAUGUCAAUCAAGGCUCUUCAAACAGAUUUCCAGGAUUUCACAAACAACUCAAAAGAUAUUUGAAGCAUUUGGACCUCAAAGUUUCAUUAGGGGUUUUUUGUUGCUUUUAUUAAAGGACUUAAAACUUGCAACAAAAAGAAAACAUCGAGCUGUUUUGUCAGAGAGGUAAAGUGUUUUUAAGCACUCUGCUGAAGCUCCUUGGAAGUUGGGCUUGUUAACUAUCUAAUCAGCAAGAGCUACUCGCAGGUGCGCCUGCUUUGUAUAAUCUGGUGCAGGUUGUGUCUGAUGUCUGAAAAAGUGCUAAAAAUCUCAAUUUACUCACCCCAGAGGUAAAUUACAAGAAUCUCAGGACUUACUUUUUGCAACCUGCUUGAUUGUUUUCAGCAGCAAAGAAGCGAUUUCAUGAUCCAGUGUAAAGAAAAAUGGGAAAGCUGUACUUAGUUAGGAAUUAAGGAUUAAAACCACAUUUUCAGACCUUUUUUAGUGAUGUUGACUGAAAAUACACCGAGUAAGUACCUUAAUGGUUUCUUCCCCCCCCAGUAACCGUAUAUUUUUGUUGCAAUAUAUAUGAUAAACACACAAAAGAACCUGAAGGGGCACAACCAAAACUGACACCACUCUUCUUUGCAGAGGUAUGAGAUGCGUCCCUAUGGUCUAAGGCAGAGUAUUCGGUGUCCUAAGAAAUAUGGCGAGACGAUUAAGGAGAGAAAAUAUUUGCUGGCUCCAGCUUACGAUUUGCACCUUGUGUGGGAGCAAAAAGAAACGGACCACAAAAAACCCUUGGAUGACAGAUAUAUAAGGAAUGCCGCCGCUCUUCCAGAUCUUUUAGACCUGCCACGGAGCAACAGAGUUGUCACUACUGAAGAGGGAAACUCCAGUGACGAGCUCAUGAUCCACGGUUUCACAGUGCGAGACUACCAGCAGAUUUAUCACUCGGUGGUGGAUCCCUUGCUCUUUAAGCCAUGCGGGAAGCUCGCAGCCUACAGUCUGGAUCUUGGACACACCAUCAAGGAAAAUCUGUUUAGAGAGCUGGCCUACCCCAUGCUUCAAAUGGCAGAGCAUCCAAAAGGAAAGGUGGAGGUGAUGGAGAGAUUUUGUCUACUACGUCCCACACCUUGCAUAGAUAUAGACCAUAAAUGAGACCUGUAGUAGAGUUAUUCUUAUUUAUGUGUCUUUAUGUUGCUUCAUUUUGUUCAUCUGCAACCCUUGCGUGGGAUGAUUGUAAUAAUCAUAUUUCUAAUGUUUUUGACUAAAAGCUUCAAAUGUUUUAAAUGAAGCUCCUCAUGAUAAACCUCUGAACAACAAAUAAUUACCGUGUGUGCGUCUGUGUGUACAGCAGUAAACUAUUAUAUUAUUCUUCCUGCGAGCGAGUACAUU